ACACCCUGCCCGGCCCCCUGGGGCCGAGCGUGGCCCAGUCUGUGCGCGAAAGCGCUCGGAGGAGCAGGCGCUCUGGGCGCGAGAGCGCCGAACACCUAAGGGCACCGAAUUCGCGCCAGCAUGCUCGGUCGAGCAUCCUUCGAAGGCGCGGGCGCCGCGCCCGGCGCCGCGCCCUCCUCUCGCCCCGAGGCAGCACGCCUGGACGCGCCCCCCCGUGCUCCCUACAGCCGCUCGGGGGCCGCGCACCCCUCGGAGCCCGCGCGCCUGGCGGCUGGGCCCCGGCCGUGCGGCGAGACCAGGCUCCUCUUCGGCCUCGGCGCUCGCGAAGUAGAGCGCGGGGGUGACACCGACCGCAUGUAUCGCCGCGCCUCUCCCGCCCCCGCUGUUCUUCCAGCCGUCCCGCCUCAGCACGGCGGGGCGCGCGCCGCGCGUCGAGCAAACAACGUGUUUUACAUCCCAGGCUUCCGCAUUUCCGGCCGCCGCCGCCGCCUCGGCGCCAGUAUUUUUUUCCUAGCACGGCGUGGCAUUGGCUACGAUCAAGGAACCCAGUGCGACCCCGAUGAGGGGGCUUCUGCCUCCCAGAGCAGAGCAGUGCAACACAACGCGAUUCAACACAAAGGCUUUGAUGACCUCGACGACGACUUCAACGACGACGACUUCGACAACUUCGACGACGACGCUGUCGACGGUGCUGCCUACGUCGACGGCGUACUUUGAUAACGACGUCGGGUGCGGCAACGACAACGACUACGACGCCUUCCUGU